AUGGGAAGUUUGGCAACAGACGCGUCAAUUCCCUCCCAAAUCCUAGAAAUCUCAUUUCUUUACGCCGCCCACUGCCUGAUCCCAGGCAUCCUCUUGAUCUCAACAUCAAAACGUUCAAUAUGGCGAUACAUCUCAAUCCCAGUUCUAGCACUUAUCGCGCACCGAUUCAUCCGCGCGGCCACAAGUCUAGGACCAGGCUUCAUCUGGUGUGAACUAGCCCGUCUCAUCGUGACAGUAGUCUUCCAGUCCCUAAAUCUACUACUGAUCAACCCAAAAGACAACACCGACCUUCCCCAAGAAAUUCAAAGUUUGGUAGCGCGCAUCUACUAUUCCACGCGACUAUUUACCCAACCGCGUGGUAUCAACACGCCUUGGCAGAUUAAAAACGCCCCCGCACAACCCGCUUACUAUGCGAAAAGAGGCAUGAACCAGCCGCCUCGCGGUCGGUUCUUGCUUCGAAAUACCGCUAUUGCGGUGUGGCAGUAUUUGGCGUUGGAUGUUUUCGCCACGCUUGCGUUGCAGCAGGCGCGGGAGCAGGAGGAAAGCCAGAUUUUGCCGCCGACUGUUCAGUGGGAUUUGUCGGUGGAGCAGUGGAUUGAGCGGAUUAUCUCGAAUCUGGUCGCUGGGUUUGUGGUGAGCAGGUUGCUUAUUGAUUUCCAUCAUCGUGCGUUCUCGAUUCUCAUUGUUGGACUGGGGCUUGAUUCACCGUCGAAUUGUCCGCCUUUGUUCGGUCGCGCUGCGGAUGCGGGAUCAUUAAGAGGAUUCUGGGGGUAUGUACUUGUCUCACUUGAAUUGGGCAUAGUCGCUGUAUCUUGUUGGAGAAUGCUAAUGAACUUGGGCAGGAAAUUCUGGCAUCAAUUGGUGCGUGAACCAUUCGUCUCCGUGGGGACUUUCAUUACUCGUGAUAUAUUGGGUCUAUCAAAGCCACCGUUAGAGCGAUAUACAAACAUCUUUCUUGUUUUUCUCUUCUCGGGUGGACUGCACGUUAUCCUUGAUGUUAUCCAAGGAAUCCCAGGAUGGGAGUCAGGUGCCAUGUUACUAUUUAUGACGGCGCCAUUGGGUCUUGUAAUUGAGGACAGCAUCAAAGCGCUCUGGAGGUCAGGGAAGGGAAUCAAUCGGGGCAUUGAAAGUGCCGACAAGGAGGGUCCGCCAAUCUGGCAAAAGGUUCUUGGGUUUGUGUGGGCAAUGGCAUGGCUGGGUAUCACAUCGACUUGGUAUUUCUAUCCGCAAAUGCUUCGACCUGAGAACCAAGCUCUUGUUCCAUAUAGCUUUGCAAGUCAUGUUGGACUGCCUGCUGUGGCAGGAGCUGUCCUGGCUGGAGGCGCUCUGGUGGCGUAUGUGUUUGAAGUUGAAGUGUGA